CGUUCUCUCGAGCAGCAACAAGUUCUAAGAACAGAGAUUCUUACUGCCAUUCAAGAGAAAUGGGCGCCUAGUACGAUCAUGCUUGACUACUUCCAGCAGACGUACCCUAAUUAUGCCGACUUCUGGCUCUUCCGUCGCCAAUUCUCAUAUCAGUAUGCUGCAAUUUGUUUCAUGACCUAUGUCAUGCACAUUGGCAAUCGGUAUCCAAAUAAGAUCUCUAUCUCUCGGGCUACGGGUGAUAUCUGGGGUUCUGAAUUGAUCCCUAGCAUCAAUCCAAACAAGGCAUUCUUCUUCAACCCAGAGCAGGUUCCUUUCCGUCUAACUCCGAAUAUCCAAACCUUGAUGGGACCUAUCGCUACUGAGGGUGUUUUCGCCUGUGCUCUAAUGGCUAUUGCUCGCUGUCUCACAGAGCCGCGCCAUGAAUUGGAGCAACAGCUCAGUCUCUUCGUGCGCGAGGAGAUGAUCUUUUGGGCCACAGCUCAUCAUCGUGGCAAUGUUACUGAGAACCAGCUGCGUGAGCUGGUUCAGAGCAACAGUGGCAUUAUUGUCAACCGUGCUGUCAGUCUGGCUAGUCCCCCGGAGGGCAAUCUUCCCGCCAACCAGACUACGAUCGACCUUAUCUCGAAGGCUGUCAAUCCCCAAUCUUUGGCUUCUGCCGAUGCCCUUUGGAUGCCGUAUUUGUAA